UAAUAUUUAUGUACAGGACAAGCAGCUGAAAGUCGGUCACUUUACCCAGAAAGUGCGCUUUGCAAACAUCACAUAUACUAUAUUUGGACUUGAUCGUGGGUGGCAUGGGGCGCCUUAACCUAUUUGAACCAAAACCAACGUGGAUUAAACUGAACUUUCCUUUUUCAGCGGCCAAUCUUCUCCGUUGCAAUUUGAUCUUAAAGUAUGUUGAGUAUAGACGUAUAGUAAUUAAUAUAGUUGGGGGAAAAUUGGUUUAACCGGUCCCACUUGAUUUAAAGUUCCAAGGUAGGAAGCAAGAUGCAAACCGCAAUAAUGAAAAUUUGCGACUACAAAGUUGGCUCGAUCACUUCCUUAGUCUCCCUGCUUAUAUAAUGUCCGUUUGCAGCUAGUGAUCUAGAUAACAAUUUCACCGGCAGCCAACAUGGUUUCCAUACGACAUCCGAAAUGUCAUAGCACCGUAAACAUGCUAGUUAUGUCCUUAUGUUUAUUUACACUUCUUGAUACAACGUUUGCAAUUUGGCUCAAUCACGGAGGUGACAAUAGUAACAGAAGGUAUGCUAAUGGGGAAUUGCUCAUCACCCCAAGGACGGUGUUAAAAAUGCAACAAAAAUGGUCAUUUUUCGCCGGUAAAGACAUAACUGCAACCCCUGCAGUGGCUGAUGGAAGGGUCUAUUUCCCAUCAUGGAAUGGAUUUCUGUACGCGGUGAAUGCAUUUACCGGCGCUUUGAUAUGGAAGCAGAAUCUUAGUCAGUUAACUGGACUAAAUGGCACAGGAGUCGUUGUGAAUGUGACUGUGUCGAGAUCAACCCCAACAAUAGCUGGUAACCUCUUGAUCGUUGGUAUUUAUGGACCUGCUGUUGUGAUUGCUGUGGAGCGAUCGAACGGGAGGCUUGUCUGGUCAAGUCAACUAGACCCACGCCCUCGAACUAUGAUCACGAUGUCUGGCACCGUACUCCUAGGGUCAUUUUAUGUAGGGGUGUCAUCUCUGGAAGAAGGCUUACCAGCUUCUCAGUGUUGCAGUUUCCGUGGCAGUGUAGCAAAGCUAGAUGUUAGAACUGGUGCAGUCUUAUGGCGGACUUACAUGCUACCGGACAAUGGUGGUAGAUUGAACGGUUAUUCGGGAGCUGCAGUAUGGGGAAGCAGCCCUGCCAUUGAUGUGUUGCGGAGACAUGUCUAUGUAUCAACUGGGAACCUCUACACAGCUCCACCUGAGGUGCUUCAAUGUCAAGAGAAACAGAAUAACCAGACAGUAACGCCUACACAGCCUGACCAGUGCACCGGUCCAGAUAUCCACUUCAAUUCAAUUAUAGCAUUGGAUCUUGUUACCGGGAGGAUUGUAUGGUCUAGGCAGCUAGGUGGUUACGACAUUUUCUACUUCGCUUGUUUGAUACCGAACAACCCCGACUGCCCACCAGGACCUAAUGAUGAUGCCGACUUUGGAGAGGCACCAAUGCUGCUUACCAUACACCCUAAUGGAACAAGACGUGACGUCGUGGUGGCCGUGCAGAAGAGUGGGUUUGCUUGGGCUCUAGACCGUGACAAUGGAAACAUUGUUUGGUUCAAGUUGGCUGGACCAGGUAGCAAUGAAGGAGGAGGGAUAUGGGGUGCAGCCACAGAUGGGAGAAGGGUGUACACAAACAUCGCCAACGGCCAACGACAGAUGUUCCCUCUAGCACCAUCAAACCUAACAACAACGGCUGGAGCAUGGGUGGGUCUUGAUGCAGAUACCGGGAAGAUUUUGUGGUCAACAGCAAACCCAAGCAAUGACACUGCCCAGGCACCUGUUACAGUUGCUAAUGGUGUUGUUUUUGCUGGGUCUGUAGCUUCGAAUGGUCCCAUAUAUGCCAUGGAUGCAACCACUGGAAAGAUUUUGUGGUCAAUCAAUACUGGUUCUACAAUAUAUGGGGGUGUCGCAGCAAGCUAUGGGUGCAUUUAUCUAGGAAAUGGGUACACAGUUGGCCUGGCCAAGUUUCACCCUACUUGGACAGGUGGUACUUCACUGUUUGCUUUCUGCGUUGUAUGAGUGAAGUUAAAAGACUAGGAAAUGUGAACUACCAUCCGCGCGGUUGCUAGGAAAAAAUAAAACCAUUGUAAUGCAACGGACUUUUCAGUAAU